GGCAGUGCAUGGUUUAAACGGCAAGACGGUGGAAAUUAUUUGAAUAUGAAUAGAAAGCUAUGCAAUACUGCUGGUGUAAUGCUCUAAAUGUAAUCUAAUAGAGAAUAUAGUAAUUUAUCAACCUCCGCUCAUAUUUUCUCUCUUUGUUUUCAUACUGUUCAGAUAAAAAAAUACGUGCGUGCGUUACUCAAUAUCCAAGUUUAGGCUACUGUGUAACUGUUAUGGCUACAUUCUGUCAGGUACAUGUAUAUAGCGUCUAGGAACCGUUGUUCAACAGAAAUAUUCUGUGAAGUAAUGGGUUCUAAAUUGACCAGGCAAAGUAGUCUGGACCAAAUAGAAACCACAUUUUCCAAGAGGAGACGCCAGCAGCAUGACAGCUCCGGAGAAGCUGAGCGGAGUAGUGGCAGGGGAGGCGGGGAAUUCUUGUUUACAUCCCUGAUGCUGAAGUCAGACAAGCUCCCAGGGAUGCUGCGGAAAACCAACCACAGCCCCUAUGUGAGACGGGUGGCAUGGAUCCGGGAAAUACAGAAACUUCUUCGAGAACAGAAACAAGAACAAGCAGUCGAGGUGCUCAAAUUGCUAAGAAAGGACUUGGGACUCCAGGGAACAUCCCUCAAUGAUAUCCUUUAUAAGAACGCAGCCUUUCUCAACCUGGUGGAUCCAAUCUCCCAUGAACUCUUGCUCAGCCUGGCCAAAGACAUGCAGUGUCCAAAGAGGGAAACAGAUACCCUGAAGUCAUCCAACAAGAUCUGCAGACAGCUGAUAUUCCACCUGACCCCUCACUCCAAGUGGAUGAGACAAAGCCUUCCCAGGAGGAAGUCGCAGGCCUGUCUUAAAACCACACUGAAGAAGAAGCUGACCAACGACGUGGCCAACCUGUCUGGCAUCCCUCUGUCUGGCCGAGACGUCCACCGGGUGGCCUACUACCUCCAGAGUAACGGCAACUCUGUGUCGGCCGUGGACCUCAGCUUCACUGAGCUGCAGGACGAGAGCCUACGUCUACUGCUGCCCUACCUGGGCUCCAUGCCCAAGCUCACCACCCUGGCCAUCAACGGCAACCGUCUGACGGUGGGCGUGCUGAAGGACCUGACGGAGGUGGUGAAGAACCCCCUGCAGUUCGCCAGCCUGGCAUGGGUGGACGUGGGCAACAACGUGGACAUCUUCACUGUGCCACAGCCCCUCCUAGUGGCCCUGCGCAGACGCUUCGGCCUCCAGAGCAGCCUUCCCACCAUCUACGAGUAUAGCGAGGUGCAGGUCUAUAGUAGUUAUACCCUGGAGACCUCUAUUGAAGAACCCAGCCGGUAUGAGGAGGAGGAGGGAGAAGAGGAGGAUUCAUACAUGAGGCAGUGA